GCGGCCUCGCGGAUCCUGCGCGGCCCCGCCCCCCAGGACGUCCCGUCAGAAAACCCACGGGCUGCUCGGCGGCGGCGGCGGCGCGGCCUCGGCGCAGCAGACUUGUUCGAGCGUCCCCAGCCCUGGAAGUGAAGCCGAGGACCUGAGCAGGUGCCUGUGCGCCGGGGGACCCAGUGAAUCCCUGUGCCAAAGACUUGGCUCCAUGCACCUGCACCUUGGGUGAGAGGCGACAGUCACCUCUUUUCAAGAAACCUGUGAUGGAGCCUUAGUGUGACCAACCUGAACAAACAUCCCUGUGGCGGUGCCUCACUUCCUGGCUGCCACGUCUCCGGAGGAUGUGGUUAGUGCCUUGAGGAAUUGCAGACUCUUGGAUUGAGAGAAUGUAUGUCAGGGAAGGGCUCAAUUUAACCCUGGGUCCCUCUCUUCAGGGGAAAUAAAAGGAAUAAAGACCAACUCCACUUCGAGGGAUCAUGACAUAAUACCAGGAAGUGGGGGUUGAAGUGACCUUGGUGAUUCUGAGUGAAUUGGUCAGGAAGGCCUUCCUGGAGGAGACAGGCGCUGCCUAGACCCAGCGGUACCAGUUUUUGUCCUCCAGCUAGACCCUAAAAUCCCAGGGGAAAGCAGCCUUUCACACCUCGUGCCCCGGCCGAACUGAACUGUCCCCACCCGUCACCCAAGGGGCGUUUUCUAGCACCACAGCCUCCCCCCGCCAUCAGCACUGUUGCCGUCUUGGGUCACAUCCCAAGCCCCUCUUAGGUGGCCAUCCCGCUGCCAAUCAGGUGCCCUGCCCCAGCUAUCACGUGGUCCCUCCUGCAGCGCCAGCUCCCUCUGACCCUGUAUUGCUCCUCGGACUUCAGGUCGGCGGCAGACUGCUUGGCAUGGCUCAGGCCCCGAGGUGUGGCCACCACGACACGUCAAGCUAUUUCCAGGGCUGGGCCCAGCGCUAGAGCCGACUCAGCCGGGGUCCCCACCGGUUCCAGAGGAUGAGACUCCUCCGCAGACGCCACAUGCCCCUGCGCCUGGCCGUGGUGGGCAGCGCCUUCGUGCUCUUCCUCUUCAUCCUGCAGAGGGAUGUAAGCACCAGGGAGCAGGCCACAGAGAAGCCAUGGCUGAAGUCCUUGGUGAGUCAGAAGGACCGCGUCCUGGACCUCAUGCUGGGAGCCAUGAACAACCUCAAGGAUUCGGUGCCCAAGCUCCAGAUCAGGGCUCCAGAGCCCCAGAAGGCACCGGUCUCCACAAACACAUCCUGCCUCCCUGGGUUCUACACCCCGGCUGAACUGAAGCCCUUCUGGGAACGGCCGCCACAGGACCCCAGAAGCCCUGGGGCGGACGGGAAAGCAUUUCAGAAGGACCAGUGGACCCCACAGGAGACCCGGGAAAAGGAAGAAGGCUAUAAGAAGCACUGCUUCAACGCCUUCGCCAGUGACCGGAUCUCCCUGCAGAGGGCCUUGGGGCCCGACACUCGACCCCCUGAGUGUGUCGACCAGAAGUUCCGGCGCUGCCCGCCACUGCCCACCACCAGCGUCAUCAUUGUGUUUCACAACGAGGCCUGGUCCACGCUGCUGCGGACGGUGUACAGUGUCCUGCACACCAGCCCUGCCAUCCUGCUGAGGGAGAUCAUCCUGGUGGAUGAUGCCAGCACUGAGGAGCAUUUAAAGGAGCAACUGGAGCAGUACGUGAAGCAGCUGCAGAUCGUGAGGGUGGUACGGCAGGAGAAGCGGAAGGGGCUGAUCACGGCCCGCCUGCUGGGAGCCAGCGUGGCGCAGGCCGAGGUGCUCACCUUCCUGGACGCCCACUGUGAGUGCUUCCAUGGCUGGCUGGAGCCCCUCCUAGCUCGCAUCACCGAGGACGAGACAGCAGUGGUGAGCCCAGACAUUGUCACCAUUGACCUUAACACUUUUGAGUUCUCCAAGCCCGUCCAGAAGGGCAGAGUCCAUAGCCGGGGCAACUUUGACUGGAGCCUGACCUUCGGCUGGGAGACUCUGCCUGCACAUGAAAGGCAGAGGCGCAAGGAUGAGACCGACCCAAUCAAAUCCCCGACGUUUGCUGGUGGCCUCUUCUCCAUCUCCAAGUCCUACUUUGAGCACAUCGGUACCUAUGAUAAUCAGAUGGAGAUCUGGGGAGGGGAGAACGUGGAAAUGUCCUUCCGGGUGUGGCAGUGUGGGGGCCAGCUGGAGAUCGUCCCCUGCUCUGUGGUCGGCCACGUGUUCCGCACCAAAAGCCCCCACACCUUUCCCAAGGGCACCAAUGUCAUUGCUCGCAACCAAGUGCGCCUGGCUGAGGUCUGGAUGGAUAACUACAAGGAGAUUUUCUACCGGAGAAAUAUACAGGCAGCAAAGAUGGCCCAAGAGAAAUCCUUCGGUGACAUCUCUGAACGACUGCAGCUGAGGGAACAACUACACUGUCGCAACUUUUCCUGGUACCUGCACAAUAUCUACCCAGAGAUGUUCGUUCCUGACCUGAAGCCCACCUUCUACGGAGCCAUAAAGAACCUUGGCAUCAAUCAGUGCCUGGACGUGGGUGAGAACAACCGUGGCGGGAAGCCCCUCAUCAUGUACCCCUGCCACGGCCUCGGCGGCAACCAGUACUUUGAGUACACAACCCAGAGAGACCUUCGCCACAACAUUGCAAAGCAGCUGUGUCUACACGCCAGCGCUGGCGCUCUGGGCCUUCGGAGCUGUCAAUUCACUGGCAAAAACAGCCAAGUCCCUAAGGACGAGGAAUGGGAAUUGACCCAGGGCCAGCUCGUCAGGAAUUCAGGAUCUGGUACCUGCCUGGCGGCCAAGGACAAAAAGCCCGUCAUGGCCUCCUGCAAUCCCAGCGACCCCCACCAGCACUGGCUCUUCAUCUAGGCCGCAGAUCACCCCCGGAGGGGGUUCCCACAAGCCUCUCAGGAAACAGGGUUUUGGGGACCCUGGUAUUUGGGAACCCACUCCUCAGCUUCUCUGUAGGCCUUAAAGAUGGAGCUCCAAACCUAACUUUGGACGUUGAGGCAGGACCUCCUACUCCUUGCAGCAACGUGGGGCCCGUGUUCUUUACGCUGACGGAAGCGACCGUGAGAGCACGUAACGCCUGGCCCGGAGCUUUCCUUCUGUCCUGGAUACAGAGACUCCCCAAGCAGAGAGGGCUCCCGGGGCAGGGUCCCAGGCAGCAAUGCCGAGUUCAAGACAGGACUCCUGCAGCCACACCCUGCAUCCUGGUCACUCGCACACCCACAGAAUCCGGUGACACGCUAACAGAGAUGCCUCUGUUGGGGGCCUAAGAGCAUCUCCUUUGCUUAUCGUACCCCAAGUCUGUAGAGCCGUUUAUGGAAAGUGCCCUGACAGGAAUCCUUUGUCUUACUUCGUCUGACGAUAACUCCGUGAGAAGGGCAGGACAGGAACCGGCAUGCCCACCUUACGGAUAAGGAAGCUGAGGCAGAGAGAGGGGUGAAGGAGGUUCUCUGUAGCCUCACAGCUGGUGGAGGGCUGCAGCCAAGACCGGGGCUUGAACACGGCGCCAGGGCGCCUUCCACCACAACACACGAACACUAAACACUAGCCACCAGCCUGCCCAUUCUCUCUUCUCUCCCUUCCGGUCAUGUCUGGCUGGCUGGUCUCCAUAAAGCUUAGAACAGUGGAGCCGGGCAGCCAGGAGGGAGAGCGUAACGCUCAUGGAGCCAGUGGUUCUCAGGUUUAAGUCCCUGAACCCUUUUUUUAACGCCCCAUGUAUAAUGUGACAAAGGGGGGAGCAGCCCUGGGUGAAACUGAGGGUGGAGGAGAGCAGUGCCCGUCAGCCCCUGAACUUCUAAAGUUCUCUAAGACACUUUGAAAACUGUCAUUUUAGCCCAGGCUUAUCACUUUCCUAUUAUAAAACUGAGGGCAAAUAAGUGAAGUAAUUUGCCCAAGGCCACACAGCAAGGCACUGGCAGCCCUGGGGGAGGGCCCAGAGAAGGCCCACGAGAGCCUUGGGAAGUCUGAGGAAUCAGGGACGUGUAAACUCACACGUGACUGCCUGACCGGCCUUGUCUGCUGUACUCACAUGAAGUCCCCACGUGGACCACUCCUGACAAUGCCUGUCAGCUCUUUUCCCAGCAAGUUGGACUCCACAAACCCAGACACAAGUCCUUCCAGGUCUUUCAGUAGCAGGCUGUCAUCUCAGGCACAGCCACGUGAGGGCGCCAUGGGACCACAGCUGCCUCUCCUUCCCAGCGGCUCAUUACCGCAGGUCUCCUAAGCUCCCUGAAGAGCCCGGUAGAGGAAACACUUUGGAGCAGCCCACCCAAAGGGGGAAGGCAGGGCAUAGCCUCUCCCAGGAUGUGGCCUGGAGUGGGAAAGGGGGCUGGGGAAAGGUCUUCUCCUGAAAGAGAAGAGAGUUGGACAUGAGAUCCUCAAGGAAAUAAAGGUUUAAUGACACUGGCA